GAAGUGGCGCACGGAAAUGUGACAAUGCAGUGAGCGCAUAACAAUAUUGAAGCUAUUUUCAUUCCAGUCUCAUAAUUUCACGAGAUUCUCCUCGAGUUACCAAAGCAGUUUCAAACUCUUUAGCUACCUUAGUAUCCCGCUAAGACAUGUGCCUCGACCUAGCCGGCAUUGUGUCUAGAUCCGUUGAGCUCGGCAACCAAGAUCGUCCAUGCCCACGAUGAUUUCAGCCAUACGGAUAUUGUGAAAAGGUAUGUAAGACAAAUGAGUACGUCACAUUGGUCGCAGAGGCCUUCAACAAUUGCGGCUAGAGAGUUGGGGAAGUUCGCUCUAAUCUAGUUGGAAAAAUCGGAGAAAAGUCUGGGGCGGGUUGGCAUGUGAAUGAGGGAUGCUAUCGAAAAUACAACGCUAAAAAGGAAAGCAAGAGCUUCCGACAUGUGCCUCGGCCGGUUUAUAGUGGGCCCUACUGACAUCAGUGUGAAUGGUUAGCGCAUUUGGAACGUUCGACUGGUACCGGAUAUCUACAAGCGCAGCAAGACCCAUGCAUCCGAGGUAACUCAGCUUAAGCAUGCCCGAUGUAGCAUAUCGGAUUACAUACCUAUUCCUUCUUAUUGUAAUCAUAAACUCUACGAACCUUCCAACUUCUCUUCCUAUAAUACUACAAUAAAAUAACAUAUAUCAACUCGCCAUAUUACCAUCAUCUUAAUACCAUUAUCACCGAAUUAGGAGCUGAAAAGGAGAGAAACAGCCACAAUGGGUGCAAUCGACCGAUUAACACAAAUCUCCGGCCAGAUCUCUGGCUCCAAAUCCGCGCGGGAGAAGAUUCUUCAGAAGAGCCCAGACGACAUUGUGGUAACAGCAUGUCUCCGAACGGCCUUCACGAAGGGUGGCAAGGGCGGGUUCAAGGACACGCAGGCGGCUGACCUAAUGGCGGGUGCGCUAAAGGGUCUCUUAGAGCGCUCCAAGAUCGACCCGGCGCUCGUUGAAGAUGUCUGCGUCGGCGAGGUCCUAGCUCCCGGUGGCGGCGCCACCGAGAUGCGUGCUGCCGCUCUUGUCGCCGGUUUCCCCGAGAGCACCGCUGUCCGCACACUCAACCGCCAGUGCUCUUCGGGCUUACAAGCCUGCGUCGACGUUGCCAACCAGAUCCGCGCUGGUAUGAUCGAGGUUGGUAUCGGUGCUGGUGUUGAGAGCAUGAGCUUACAAUACGGCCCUAACGCCGUAACCGAGUUUUCCGAGCUUCUCGAGUCGCACCCCGAAGCCGCCAACUGCAAGGUCCCUAUGGGCGUCCUAUCCGAGGACAUGGCCCGCGACCGCAACAUCAAGCGUACCGACCAGGAUGCCUUCGCUGCCUCCUCAUACCAGAAGGCGCUCAAGGCCCAGCAGGCGGGCCUCUUCGACGAGGAGAUCCACCCCCUAACGGUGCAAUUUACCGAUCCCAAGAGUGGCGAGACCAAGACCAUCACAGUGUCCAAGGACGACGGCGUGCGCCCCGGCAUCACCGCGGAGUCGCUCGCCAAGAUCCGACCCGCGUUCGCGGAGAACGGGUCGAUCCACGCGGGCAACGCGUCGCAGAUCUCCGACGGCGCCGCCGCCGUGCUGCUCAUGAAGCGAUCGACGGCGGAGCGCCUGGGCCAGACCAUCCUGGGCAAGUACGUGGCAGCCAGCAUCGUGGGCGUCAAGCCGCUGCUCAUGGGCAUCGGGCCCUGGAAGGCGAUCCCCAAGGCGUUCGAGCUGGCGGGCGGCCUGACCAAGGACGACGUCGACAUCUUCGAGAUCAACGAGGCCUUCGCCUCCCAGUGCCUGUGGUGCGCCAACGAGCUCGGCAUCCCCAAGGAGAAGAUCAACCCCAAGGGCGGCGCCAUCGCCUUCGGCCACCCGCUCGGCUGCACCGGCGCCCGCCAGGUGAGCACCCUGCUGUACGAGCUCAGGCGCCGCGGCCAGAAGGUGGGGGUGACGAGUAUGUGUAUCGGCACCGGUAUGGGUAUGGCUGCUGUCUGGGUUGCCGAGUAAGGCGCCAGCUUUGCUCGGAGUGGGAGAUGGGAUAUUUGAAAAGUACUACUGUGCAAUAUCGAUAUGUACUACUUACUACCAAUUUGGAUAUGGGAAGAUUCGUCUAAAACCUUGAUAUGUAUACCAUCACGUAUAUAAAAUCAUGGACAUGGAUAUGGACAGGGUCAUGAUUGGGGAGGAUAGCUCAAAGGGCGGUUUAAAUAGCAUUCGUGUACAUUAUAUCCGCACGGCGUUUAGUAUAUCGUAUCAUGCCAAAUACAUAUAUGCCAACACGGUCCUGUCUUGUUUGUCUUCCAUCUCUA